AUGUUUAUAAUUAUUUUGAAACAGUUGACUCCUUUAGAAACAGCAUGUUAUAAUGGACAUUUAGAAAUUGUGAAAGUGUUGUUGGAGUUUCCUCGUAUUGAUGUCAAUAGAAGCGUUGAUUGUCCUUUAUAUUAUGCAUGUGAACAAGGUCACUUGGAAAUUGUGAAAUUGUUGUUACAAGCCAAGGAUGUUGAUGUCAAUAAGGGUACCCCUCUAUAUGCAGCAUGUAAAAACGGACAUGUUGAAAUUGUGAAAUUAUUAUUGAAUGUGGAGGGCAUUAAUGUAUAUAAAUGUUAUCCUCUCCAAAUAGCAUUAGAAAAUAGACAAAUGGAAGUUUUGAAAGUUCUUCUUGUUCACAAUGUUGAAAUUGAUUUCGACACUUGUCAACUUGCAUCACAAAAAAGAAUUAAUUUGAAUCAACUCAAACAACAAGCUCUUGAAAGCAUUGCCAAUCAAAAACAAACUUCCUCCUUAAACUCGAACAACACUAGCGGAGAGUUGCAAUCAACACAAUCAACACCAUUGUCAUCGAUCACUUUGACAGAAACUGAAUGGAAGCAACAGAAAAAAGAAUUGGAAGAACAAGUGAAAACUCUCGAAAUGAAACUUGCAAAUCAAGAACAAUAA